AUGCACGAGAGUAAGGAACUGGAGGAAGAUUUCAUAGCUCUCUACAGGAAAAAGAGUGAAGAAAUAGAGCAAGGAACAUGUAAAAAUGGGUUAUGCUGUCAAAUUGUUGAACUGCUUCUUAAACGAACGUUUGAAAAACAUCCGGACAUGCAACAGUCGCGCGAACAAUCCAUGAGUGAUAUCCCACAAUGCUUCAGUGAACAUGAACAUUCUAAGAAACAUUACAUACUUCUGGAGGCUUUAGGAAAAUUAGCAUUUGAAACGUUAUUCAGUGAAAACAAGGAAAGCACCCUUGUGUUAAGCCAGUCAAUGAAAGAGAAACAUCUAACCCCAGAGUAUUUGAAAUUAAGUCUUGCCUCGGGACUAUUAACACAAAGUACAGAAACGACACUAACAAAACAAAUUUCUAAAUUUUCAUUCUCGCACAAAACAGAGCAAGAAUUUUUUUGUGCAUUGUACAUUAGCUGUCAAAAUGAAAGUGAUGUCAAAAAAAUCUUUCUGAAGGAAUGCAAAAGUUUACAAAAUAUUCUUGACAUGUCGACAGUGCUUGUUUUCAUCAGCGGAAUGAAUGCAGAAAUAAUUUCUUCAAUAUCUCGCAAUUUCAUGUCAGUAAUCAGUGAAGAUAAGAGAACGAGUGAAUACAGAACUACGACUGAUUACAAUAGAUUCGUGAACCAACCUCUGAAAGACAUACAAGACAUGUACAUUUCUUGUAUGAAAGAAAACACGAGCGAUAAGGAACUCAAAAUUUGCUGCCAAGAUUUUUUCUUUGGCGAAGAUUGUGAAGAAGAAAAAUACUUUAAGCAUUUAACGCAGCUCUCAGUAGACAAUAAAAACAACAUGGCGUCAAUAAAUAUCGACACAGCCCGUGGUGGUCGUAGUUUACGUGAAAUUAUUGAUUGUUGUGAUCUAGUUGAUCCGUUCAACAUCAAUAAAAUAUGCUACUCGGGUGUCCUUGAAAACGCGCUACUUCCUGUACUGUUAAACAAGUCAACGAAAUGUCUCACUGUUAGAUCGCGUGGUGGUGAUUCUUGGAGCCGUGAAAUUUUGGAAACAUUACAGAAUAAUUCUUUAUUACAAGCAAUUUAUAUCUUCAAUUUCGCGAUGAGUCACGAUGUGCUGAAUGACUUUCUGAAUUAUAUUAUAAAUAGAAAAACAAUGACGGAGAUUAGAUUGUUGUACUUACCAUGUACCGAGCACCGCAAGUCGUGUAGUUUCAGUCUGGAUUUUUGUCAGCAUUCAGAUCUAAGGAAGUUAGAAUUGGAGGGGAUACCUGAAGUGUCACAAUUGAAAGUUAAUAGUCAAGUGGAACAUUUGGAGUUGGUGCAUAUCAAUCUAGGUGAAAUGUCGCUGCCUUCUGAAAUGGGAAAUAUCAAACAUGUUGAGUUGGUGUUGGUAAACAUGUCUGUUUCAACAUUGCGUGAUCUCGUUAAGGUAGUGGAGAAACUUUUACACAAAGUCACAGUAACAAUACUCAAGUGUAAGAUAGAACCGGAAACAGAGUUUGAAGACGUUAAACAAUAUAUACGCUCAUCUCAGAAUUUCCGAGUUACGAGGGAUGUUUGGUUGGUGUUUGUGUUUGAAACAAAAGUUGAAAGUUAAGUUACUAAAUAAACUCAGACUGAUAGUGUCAAUGUAUAUAAACAUUAUUCAUUCAAACUACUAUAAAUUAUUACACAACACACUGACAUAUCACAUAUGUGUAACAUGUAUAUACACGUGUAGUGGGAACGUAGUUAGGGUUAGUUAGGUCACAGUAAGAGGUCACAGGAGAACCAGCCAAUCGGAGAGGAGGAUUCCUAUCACAUGGCCAGGAGGACCAAUCACCGACGAGCAGCAUCGCGUCACGACCAGACUCCAUUGUAUCAACUUGUGUAUUCUUGCUUAUCCACCGAAAUCCAGGGCCAUCUGGGUAGUAAGUGACCUGUAUUGUAGUUAUAUCUGCCCGUUAGGGUUAGGAACCUUUUCUGCCUCUAAUAGGAGUGUCAACUCCUGUAUAGCGAAGGCCAUUUUCGCUAUACACGUGUACAUAAUUAGAAAUAGUGACAGUCGCGCGUGUUAAUAUAAAAAACAUUGGAUGAAAUUCUAUGACAAAAAAAUGGAUGUUCUUGUACACGGAUUUAUAAACAAGUUCAGUUUCCUUUAGUAAAGAUCGGCGACAAUACUUCAAGAGCAUAGAUGUAGCCUACACAUUCACUACCAUAAAAUAUUCACCUGUACUUCCGGUGCCUGUGCUAGCCUUUAUACACACAGCGAAACAAACCGCAUGACCGCUUAUUUCUGGCAGUUGGACAGAAGAAAUUUACAGGACUAUAAUCAUAUCAUACCAAAAAGUCUGUGAGAAAAACUCAUUUCCAGAGACAAAUCAUACUGUUUUACUUAAAUUAAUUGGUAAAAAAGAAAUGUCUGUCUUUUACUUGUGUAAAUAUAUCGAUUUUAACUCAUUUUUCUACUAAGAGAAGUUACUCAGUAAAGUUGUGUAUGUAUAGAAGGAUUUCAAAUAUUCUGGCAAACUGUCAUAAGACAACAUUUUUCCAUUUUGAAGUUUUAUUGUAACCAUGUUAAAGUGUUAAAUUGAGAUAAUUAUUUUAAUUAAAUGCCAGGAAUGUUGUUAGGUACGUUUUUAUGUUGUUACCAAAAUCAUCAUUUUUCGCAUGCUUCGUAGCCUCAUACUACAAAUGUGAUUAUUUUCAUGAUGAAAUCUUAAAAAGAGAAAAUCCCUAUUUAUUUGAUAUAACUUGAAGCCUCUGUAGAAAAAUAAGUUGUUUAUAGCGGACGGCAUUCAUACAAUAGAAAGAAUAUAUUUUUUUCGAUAACAUUGUAGUGUCUGUAACCAAGUAAUGGAAAGGACUUUUCUUGAUUUAUAUAAUAAAUAAAUAAAAUUGGAAUCUUUUUGGUUUAGAUGAUUGUGAAAAAUCUCUUUGACUGAACAACAGAUGAAAAAAAAUCUUUGUAAAAACUACCUGUAUUGCUAAAUUAUUGGAGUCACAUAAUGAAUGCAAUGGCUGAUUUUAUAUCUCUUCUUAAAGUUUGAGUUUCACUUAUUUCUACAUAUUAAUUGAUGUUGCUUGUGUAUACAUAUUUGAUACACUACUGUAUGGUAGAUAGAUAGAUAGAUUUAUUCGUGAAUAUAUAUGUCAUGAAUACAAAUAUUACAAAUAUCACAUUAUAAAAACCAACAUUAUUACAAACAUACAUUCAAUUAUAUCACAGAAAUAGCUAUGUUUUAUAUCUCAGAUUGAUAUUAAAGAAAAAUGGACUAGCUCUUUUAUAUAAUAAAUAAAAUAAAUUUUGUGAGAUAUAUCACAGGAUAACCCAUAAAGUAUUUCUACUUAUUUCCAAUGGGGUCCUUGCGAAAAAUUAUCAAGGUGCAAAAUAUUGGCUGUUUUAAAUUAAACUUUGUUCUAAGAAAGACAACUCUUACUAGCAUAAAUGAUUAUCUAAAUCAAGAAUUACAUGUAUUUGUCUAUCAAAGAAUUCACUGAUUAUUAUAAGUAUCACAGUUAUAUUCAAUUAUGACAUACAUAUCACAGAAUAAAUCGGGAAAUAUUGCACACAUAUUGAUAAAAUGAUACCAUGCAACUAAUAAAAAAUAAAAUCUGACUUUUCAGCACUUUUCAUACAUUCAAUGAGUUCCUUUUUGACUGCUUUUUUAAAAGUAUACUUGUUUUUUAAUUUUUUAUGUUAUUUGGAAGGCUAUUCCAGUCAUUUAUAGCUUGAAAAUAAAAAGUAGUCGAUGUAGAACUUUCAACCUGAGGUACAUGAAAGCUGUUAACACUAUGUCUACAAUUGUAAGAAUGUUUCUUAGAGACAAGAGAAAAGUUAUUGUGUAAAUAUGCUGCUGGGAAAACUAUUAUUAAGAAUUUUAUAAAUUUUAUAAACAUGAUUGAGUCUUAGUUGUUUGACUCUGUUUUCAAUAUCAAGCCAUCCAAUGAUAUUACAAAAAUCUGACACUUUCAAAGACCUCUUAUAAUCAUAACCACAGGUAAACCUGAUAACUUUAUUUUGAGUCGUUUGUAAUCUGUUUUUCAACUGUUUUGAAAUACCACUAUACCAAGAUGAAGAGGCAUAGUCAAAAUGACAUUGUAUUAAAGAAUUACAUAAAUUCUUUCUCAUAUUCAUGUUUAAACACUUACUUUGCCUAUACAAAACUUUCAGUUUAGAAUUGACUUUUUUAACAAUGUUGUUAAUAAUUGUGGAUGGAGCAGAAAGAUCAUUGUCUAAUACACUUCCAAGAUAUUUAACAGAUUUUUGUGAUUCUAUGGUAUGACCAUUACAAAAUACAUUGAAUUUGUCAACCUUUGCUAGUUUUCUUUUAGAACCAAACAAGAUACAUUCAGUUUUGCCAAGAUGCAGUGAUAAUUUGUUGUCAACUAAGCAUUUACUACAGUUUUCAGAUAUAUGAAUAGUGAUCUUUUGUAUAAGACUAGAGUAACAGAUAGAUAUAUGGUCCGUUCGCCUUAGGUAAUUCGUAUUGUGUAAGAACAUUUUUGAUUUAUGUCAGUUAUGUUUAUUGAUUACUUUUGAAGAGAAGACAUGCUAGCUUAAUGUUGUUUUAAUCUAAACCUUGUUUCAAGAGAUAUAUAAUUAUGUGACAC